AUGCUUCUCCUUCUGUGUGUGUCUGUGGCUCUCUGUGUUUCUGCAUCGGACCACCAAAACAAAGCGAAAUACGAGUUCAAGGCUGAGACCACGAACCUUCUGGACAUUAUUGUUCACUCUUUAUACUCCGACAGGGAGAUCUUUCUCCGCGAGCUCAUCUCCAACGCUGUAGAUGCCCUUGAAAAGCUGCGGUACAUAUCGUUGACAGAUGCUAAGGUACUCGGUGAAGGAGACACACCGAUGGAAAUCAAUAUUAGUGUCGACACCCAGAAAAAACUCAUUAUAAUAGAAGACACAGGAAUAGGAAUGAAUAAGGAAGAGAUGAUAACAAACCUGGGCACAAUCGCUGAGUCUGGAACCAGCCGUUUUAGGCAGACAAAGAAGGUUGGCCUUAACUCACAAGAUGAAGACUCUGCCAAGCCAACAAGUGCAAGCGGACUUAUCGGGAUGUUCGGCGUAGGGUUCUUCUCUUCCUAUCUUGUCGCAGAAAAGGUGGACUUCUAUUCCAGACGUGCACACGACAAGGCUGACAAUUACUCCACUCCCCACGUUGUCAAGUGGUCCUCCGAUGCCUCCUCUUACUACACUGUCGAAGACGUCGACGAGGCCCUGGAGCCCGAGGCAUGUCCCCAUAGGGGCAGCCGGGUGGUCCUUCACUUGCGCGAGAACAGUGAAGAAUUCCUUGAUACGGCCCUGCUUAAACACGUGAUCCUUAAGUAUUCUGGCUUCGUCGGCUUUCCCGUUAACUUAGAGAUGGUCAAUAAGCGCCGUGAAGAGUAUACGCCCAGCGCAGAUGAAGAGGACGACGAUGUCUUUGAUGCCCCCCUAGUCGUUGAAGAUGGUGCAACAGGAGAGAAAAAGGCCUCUACUGCAUCAGGGCCUAAGGUUUAUGAUGACGUCGAUGCCGACGGCAAGAAGGAUCCGCAGUCCUUCCAGGAUGCCGAGAAGGCCGUCAAGAAGCGGUAUAGGUAUGUGGAGUCCCGCGAGUGGCUAGAUGUUACAAAGGAGGCCACAAGCAUUUGGCUCCGCAAUCCUCAGACGAUCACGAAGGAAGAAUACGUUGAUUUCUAUCUCGGAACCUUGUACAAACCUGAUCCAGCACUGAGUUUUGAUUCUAGCAUCGCGAGCUUGGCAAAGGAGAUGGCUCCGCCCCUCACCUGGAUACACUUCCGCGGAGAGGGUGGGGAGGCAGACUUUAGGGCCCUCAUCUUUGUUCCUGGAUUCCCCUCUCUAAACUACUACGAAAAGUACCAUGACGAACGAGCGACUCUGAAUUUGUAUAUUAAUCGGGUCUUUGUCACCAACGAAACAGGUUCCAUUCUGCCCCAAUGGAUGCAAUUCGUUAAGGGAAUAGUCGACUCCGACUCCAUACGCAUAAACCUCUCCCGUGAGUUUAUACAGGAGUCGAAACUUCUUAAGAAAAUAGGCGAGAGAAUAGCACGCGCAAUGGUGAGGAAACUCACCGAUCUUUACAAGCAGGCGAAGGACUCAGAAAAGGAAUAUGAUAACUAUGUCAGCGAGCUAAUAAAGGAUGGGAUAACAGAGCCCACCAAGGAGCAGAUAGAGAAGGCCCCUUCAAAGGACGCAACAUUCUACAAGAUUCAUCACUGGUACAAGCGCUCCUUCUUCAUGGGUGCCAUCGAGGACAAGAAGAACAAGGAGGAGAUCAUGCACCUCCUUCUCUUUCCAACUACUCGCACGAUGGUCAACAGCCCAGAGGUCCAGGAGAAGUUCCGUCUUCACCAGGUCUCCCAUGAAGAGCUCCCACAUUUUUAUACUCUGCAGGAGUACGUAGAUGCUAUGCCCUCGUAUCAGAAAGAUAUUUAUAUGAUAUCCUGCACGUUUAUAGACGAGUGUCUUGCCUCCCCGUACACAGAAGCAGCAAAUACUCGUGGGCUGGAGGUGAUUUUCCUUACCGACGUGAAUGAGGAUCUGCUGCUGUCGACAUACCUCAACGAGUUUCGGGCAAACAGCGGCAAAGUGUACAAAAUCAAGAACAUAGCGAAGCUAGAAACAAAGCUUCCAGAUAAGCCCAAGGACGAUGUCUCUAAUGAAGAAGAGAAGGAGAAGGAGCGGCCAGACACAGAUAUCCCAGACCGCACUGAAGACAAGCUUCUAGCCCGAUAUCAUCUCAAGCUCCUGCGUGCGUACAUGCGACAAGCCACGCCGACAGUCCACGGAGUAGAGCGGUCCACCAAGCUUCCUGCUUCGACGCCUGCUCUCGCUGCAUCUAACAAGCACUCGCAUACACCGCUUCAGGAGAAGGCAAUGCAGCACUCCAAGAAUGCAGGAGAAGCCGACUACCACAGGAAGCAACGCACGUUAGAGGUUAACUUUGAACACAAUCUCAUUAAGAAGUUCAUUGCAGAGCUGGUUAAUCUCAAUCCGCCCAUGAAGCCGGCUAACUCUACGGACCCGAACGAUGAUUACGUGAUUCCCAAACCUGUUGUGAGCACUCCAGAGAUGGAUGAGCGGGCCGUUUUGUUGGCGGACAUUGCCACCUAUUUUGCUGGCUACGAAAUAGAGAACAAAAAGAGCUUUGCGAAGGCCCUUUUCAUGGUCCUCGAUACCCAGCUUGAGGGUACUUCUUCCCAAGAAAGCAGUAACUCCACUGCCUUUAAGGAUGAACUUUAA